UCCCUUGGUUUUCCGUUGAGGCUCCUUUUAGUAAAUCUGCAAGUAAAGUGGAGGGUGAAUUUUGCCUUACGUUCUCCAAUCCACGUAUUUGUAAAGUCUUUCGUUAAGCCUUUGCCGUAAAACGCCCGGCUUUGUCGUAAAAUGCAGAGCAAUGGCGGCGUCUUCUUCGUCCUCCUCGGCCGGAGGCGUUAGCGGCAGCUCGGUGACCGGUUCGGGUUUCAGCGCCUCGGAGCUCAUUCCCCCAAGGAAGGUCCUGUACACUUACCCCAAAGGAGCCGGUGAAAUGAUGGAAGACGGCUCAGACAGGUUUCUAUGCGAGUCGGUAUUCAGCUACCAAGUGGCAUCGGCACUGAAGCAGGUCAAACACGAUCAACAAGUGUCCCGCAUGGAGAAGCUGGCGAGUCUGGUGGAGGAGCUGGAAGCGGACGAGUGGCGAUACAAGCCCAUUGAACAGCUCCUGGGGUUCACGCCGUCGUAAACAAAAGCACACGCUUUUUUUUUUUUUUUUUUUUUUUUUUUUAAACCGGGAUUUUUUUUUCUUUAGCUAAUAAACAGACUUGGCUAAAGUACUUAUACUCUGUACUUAACACAUUCACUGCCAUUGACGGCUUUAGAAGUCAAAUGUCCAUGUUAACUGGGAAGGCUGGCAGUGGUAAGUAGAACUACAUGUAAGGGGAAAAAAACCAAAAGACUGGGAAAAGUAGAAGUACUAAUUCAACUCAUAUACUUGCAGUAAGUAAAAAAUAAAAGUACAGACUGAAAUGUACAAAAGUAAAAAUGUUUUUUUUUUUUUUUUACUGUCAAUUACAUACAAUAAAUGGAAGAAAACUCAUCUGCACACAAAAUAGUUUCCCUCUUUUAUUAACUUGCAUAGUGCUCAUACUGAGAAGAAAAAAAGUCCUGUUAUAUGUCAUAUUUUGUUGUUGUUUUUUUAACCAAGAGCUCACUAGCAUUGGCUUGAUUUUUAUGCAAACAUAUUCCUGCCAAUGUCAAACAAUUCUAGGAUUGGGUAGGAAAUAAUUUCCUUCUCCGAAUCUGUUGCCUUGUCUUUAAUGCUCCUUGGCUCAUGCCGCUACAUGUUUUUAUAAAGUACAAUUUAAUAGUACUAUUUUCCUCCUUAACAACACAUUACAAAAAAAUAUGUUUUUUGGGGGUGAGGCUGGAACAGAUUAAUGGCAUUUCCAUUCAUUUAUUGGGGAAAUAUGAUUUGAGAAACGAGUGUUUUGCCUUACGAGCACAGUCGGAACAAAAUAAAAUGUUAUCUCAAAGCACCGUUGUACUUAAUUACAGUAACAAAGUAUUUGUACUUAGUUACUUCCCACCAAUAAAUGAUGUGAAAGGGUGACACAGAAGCAGUCACAAACAACCCAUUUAUGCGUGUAAUUAAAAAGUCGUAGGUUCUA